UGCUGCGUUCACAGAAGAUCAUCCAUAAUUACGCGUCGCUGUUAAACACUGACGUUGUAUUGACAAAACCCGCUUUAUAUGAGACUUCUGCUGCGAUUCGUAUCGUUUUUUGAGAGAUAAUAUAUUUUGUUUUUUGUGUGUGUGGGCGGCUGAAAGCUGGCAUUGAGUGUGAUGUGUAGAAGAAACCUGACAUGAGGUGUGUUGUGAAGACAACAGCUGAUAGAACAGUGGACUGAGAUUUAUAUCAUCAUAACUGACCUCAGUUUUACAUGUACAUCUUCAGCUCUCUGGACCUGCUUCGUCUCCUACUGAGAUUCUUUUUAACGUUGAAAUUGAAGUUCUGAUUAUUUUAAUAUAGCCGUAUAGAGGAUUCCGAACAUCUACCAGAAUUUAAAAUGCUGGACUCCAAAACGAAGGACUUGUGUCGUAUCUGUGCACGAGAGCUGUACGGUAACCAACGUCGAUGGAUCUUCAACCCGACGGCCAAGCUGAGCCUGCAGGUGUUACUGUCCCACGCUGUGGGCAGGAUGCUGUCCCGUGACGGGCGAAGAGAGUUUGCCUGCAGUAAAUGUGCCUUCAUGCUGGAUCGCAUGUAUCGCUUCGACACAGUGAUAGCCCGUGUUGAGGCUUUGUCCAUCGAACGAAUGCAGAAGCUUCUUCUGGAGAAAGAAAGGCUUCGACAGUGCAUAGGCGGACUAUACCGCAAAAACAACCCAGAAGAAAUCGACUCAGAAAUGGUUAAAUCCACAGCAGAGGCUUCACUGGUAGACACGCCAGCGCCGUCCGAUGCCAAGUACAGCUCUCUGUUAGAAGAGGAUCUGACCUACUCUGUGUACGAGUGCUGGGCUGAGCAUGAGACAGGUCCACACCAACAAGCUGCACAUCACCACCACCACCACCACCACCAGUGCCACGCGGGAUCUGAAGCUAGCACAGCACAGCGCUCCAGGAAGUGCAAAAGUUGCACCACAUUGCGAGUGGCUGAUUCUGACUAUGAAGCCAUCUGCAAAGUGCCCAGGAAGGUUGGCAGAAGCACCUCAAGUGGACCCUCAUCCCGCUACUCUGCUAGCAAUCUUGCUAGCACAGAAGAGACGUUCCCUGAAUCAGAAUCCCAAGAGCCAGCCGCUCAGUCAUUCAGUCUGACGGAGGUCAGUCAAACCGUGGAAAUUGCUGAGGAGGAAAACGUCAGUCUCAGUCCGGCAUCCUCGAUCGAAUCACUGGAUGCCACAGGUGACAUCAAUCAGACCUGCUCACUGGUCCAUGCAGACCUCCUGCAGGGACCGAUGGAGGAGGAGAAAGUCAUGACCCGGAGCUCCAGCACAGAGCAGAGCCCUAAAACAGGAGUGGAGCUGGCUCUCAGCUUGGUCAAAAGCGUCACGUGUCGUCCAGUCCGGGUUUUAAAAGGCAGCCGACUGCCUGUCCUGAUCAAACCUGAGGCCACACACCAGACCCCUCAAGCGGCGAUGGACUGUUCUUUCUCUCCCCAGCCUGAAGAUAUGGUUCCUCUCUGCAUCCAGCAGGAACUGCAGCUGGAACUGGCUGAGAUCGAGGCACUUUGGCUGGAUGAUUAUGUUCCAUGUGGGCCUCUGGGCUUUCAGGAGAAGCUGAUUGCAGAGCAGCAGGUUCAGCUGGUGCAGUAUGAGAAUGCAGCAGGUCAGUGUGUGACUGAGCUACAGAAGGCGCAGCUACAGGUGCAGUCUCUCCAGACUAAGAUCAGAGAAAGUGAAGCAAACAACAAGGAGCUGCAGCAGAGGCUUGGAGUUCUAGAGAGUGAGCUGUUUUCUUUGCGCGAGACAUCUCGAGGUCAGGAAAGGACGAUCCAGAUUCUAAGCGACUCUCUUAGCGCUAAGGACAACGAGAUUGCUGACCUCCACCAGCUCACAGAGGAACAGAAGCAACUUUUGAUUUCUCUGAAGCAGCAGAACCUGCAAACAUCCACUACAGCACCAAGUCCGCUGCAGGCCGAGCUGUUAGAGCUUCAGGCCUCUUUAUUUUCAUCGCAGCUAGAGCUGCAGAGCAUCCAGAGAGCCCAGCGCCAGGCCCAAAGGAGAGAGGACGAGCUGACGCGUAACAACCAGCGUCUCCUCGCCGAUCUCCAGGAGGAGCAACGACAUCACCGGGAAGCUGAGAUACACAAUCAGGAGCUGCUCACAGCUCUGCAGAGAUCGCGCUCAGAUCUAGAACAGAUGGAAGAGAAGUGGAAGGAGGGAAAGGGAGACAAAGAGAGAGAGGUGGAGGAAAGAGAGAGAACCAUCAGGGAGCUGAACACCAGACUGCAGCACAAAGAGCGUCUGCUACACGACUACACUGAACUGCUGGACGGACAGAAAGAAGCAGGAGCAAACAGAGACAUCCUCAUUCACAAGCUCAAGCUGCGCAUUCAGGAGAGAGACAGAGCUCUGGAGCGCGCAGUUGACGAGAGGUUUGUGUGUGUGGAGCAGAAGGAAGCCGAGGUGCGAAAGUUGCAGCUGUUCCUCCGAGAGAAGGAGAGAGACCUGCAGAAAGUGCGCUGUGUGCUGUCUAACAACGAGGAGACCAUUACGAGUUUGGAGGUGUUGUUGCGAGGUAAAUCUGUACAGCUGGAGCAGGUGAGUGAAGCCUGGAGAGGCAGCCAGCGUGUCCAGCGUGAGUGUGAGGACAGACACAACUCCAGCCUGAGAGACAGAGACACACUCAUCGGCCAGCUCCAGACAACACUACACACACGCACAAAAGAAGCUGAGGAGAUCACAGCUGCUCUCUUCAGUAAGGUGCCUCUGAGCUCCAGCGAGGUCGUGGAGAAGCUGAAAGCUCAGCUGCAAGUAAAGGAGCGACUUUUCCAGGAGCUGCUGACGGAACACAGCCGCCAGACCCAGGAGCACCACACACACAUCCAGGAGCUGCUUAAUGCUAUGCGCACCAGGGAGCAGUGUGUCAAGGAUGCAGCAGAGCGUGCGGGUCUGGUCAUGUCGGAGCAGACGACACGUCUGCAGGAGCUGCGCAGGCAGGUGGUGUCUGCAGGAAGCAGAUCAUCCAGUACCUCAGAGCUUCCUGAAGACGUGCAGCACCUCCGAGAGGAGCUCCAGCUGAUGCUCUCCAAACAGGGGGAGACACAGAGAGAGUUGUCCAUCCUGCGCUCUGCUUUAGCAAACAACCAGAAGCAGCUCCAGAGCCAGACUGCACUCACGAGUAAACCUGAGUGCGCGGUCACUAUGGAGACGGAGCAGGCGGCCAGCUCACACACCGAUACUGGAGACUCCACUUCAGAUGUAGAAGAGGAGGAAGACGAUGGUGCGAGUGAAUUCCUAGAGAGUACUGAAGAAGAGGAGCCCUGCAGAGUGACAGCACAGGCUUUAGCCAACACGCAGGGCUACGAACAGCACGGAGAAGCCGAGAUAUCUCAGACUCUUGCAGAGGUGGAGGGUCCGGGGCUGGUUGAGGUGAAGCUCUUAGUGGAACAGAAGCAGGCGGUGGAGCGGGAACUGUGGGAACUGAAGGCCCAGCUGGAGAAGGCUGGCUUCACCUCUUUCUCUCAGAUGAGGAAAGCGUUGCUCAGCCUGCGUUCGGAAAACGAAGAGCUCCGAAACUCGAUGAGAACCAACGGGGCAGAGGAGGAAACACACAGACUGUCAGACGAGCAGAGAGGAAGAGGAGUGCAGUGGCAGCCUGAGUCCUAUGAGGGCAAGAAGAGAAGCAGCAGAGUGCUUUGUCUCGACCCGGGAACUCAACUUUCCCACGUCACACAGGCAGGAAAGCUGCAGGAGAGGCUACUGGUGUCUAAAAGCCCAACACAAACCCAAUCAGAGAUGCUCAGAGGCUACAGAGAACAAUUUGUGAAGCAUGACAGCAAGCAGGUACAGGUGGACCUGCAGGAUCUGGGCUACGAGACAUGUGGUCGCAGUGAGAACGAGGCUGAGAGAGAAGACACCAGCAGCCCAGAAUUUGACGAUCUCGAGCUGUGCACGUCUCUGUCCUGUCGAGAUGGCACGUCCCAGUGGUGGUCUGGUCUGGGUGCUGGGAGCCGAGCAGGAGCUGAUGUUGCAUCUCUGCAGCAGCAGGUGGAGGAACUGCAGGUGCAGCUUUCUCGCUCUCAGGCUUUGGUUCUCAGCCUGCAGACUCGCCUUCAGGAUGCCACUCCAAAUUCCACCCCCCGAAAGUCGAACUGGGACGACAGGGAGCUGCGGGAACUGGUGACGCGUGUGUCGUCUCUGGAGGAACAGCUCAGGAAGGGCAAAGGUCAAGCCCAGGAGGAGGAGGCCAAGAGCACUACCAGGACCGGGAAGUUUGACACACUGAUCCAGGCUCAAGCUCGUGAGCUCUCUCACCUGAGGCAGCGAAUGCUCGAGGGCCGGAGUGUGUGUCACAUCCUCACACAACACCUGGGAGACACCACCAAGUCCUUUGAGGAGUUGCUGAGGGCCAAUGACAUCGACUACUACAUGGGCCAGAGCUUCAGAGAUCAACUCGCUCAGAGCUCAUCACUGGCACAGAGAGUCGGAGCCAAGAUCAGCAGCCGUGAUUAUUCUGAAGUAGCAGAUGACAGCACAGGUCAUGAAUUGCUCGCGAUCCGGUUAAGUAAAGAGCUCCAGCAGAAAGAUAAGCUCAUUGAGUCACUGCGCUUUAAACUCCAGCAACAGCCCGGUGCAGCUUCAUCCACCAUCAGCCCCUCACUCUCCGGAGAUACUGACCAGUUGGAGCGUGCGUCCUUCGUCAUGGAUGAACAGGGUUCCACUAAUGAAGACCUGGACCUUUGCUCAGAGCUGGACACAGUCAGUGAUUUUGGCCAAGAGGAUGUAGCUGAUGACUCUCUGCCUCCUGCGCCGUCACACACGUAUCCAUCCAAGCCUCCAUCCGUCGCUUCUUCACACGGCCACCAGUCCUCCGGCACCUGUCCCAGCAUGCACUGCUCCCCUCCCAGGCUCAUGGACGGACAAAUACAAACAGAGCUCAGUUCUUCCCACUUACCCCAGAAACCCCAAUGCCUCUCUGCUCAGAUGGCUUUUCUACCAUUUGACCCCCACAUACAUCACCUGAGACCCCGCUCUAGCACCACAGCGGGCUUCUCUCUGGCUGAGGUGCACCAGGAGCUGCAGAGGCUGCAGAGGCAGUUAGCGAACAGUUUUAGCGGCGCUCAGAUCAAACCCACGCCAGGUGUGUUCCAGCCGUCUGACCUCACUGACUUUCGCCUACCGUCCCAGCAAGCCUUUCAGCAGUCUCCUUUUACCAGCCUUCAUCCUAGCCCCAAUAUCUCAUAUGGAGCUCCGCAAAAGAGAGACAGCUCUAAUAAUGAUGUUUCCUCAAGCUCAUCGGGUUAUCGGUCCGGUGCACGUCACACAGAGACAGACUUGAUGAAGGAGCACCUGAGGGAGAUUCGCAGUCUCCAUCAACGUCUUGAAGAUUCCAUCCAGACCAACGAACAUCUGAGACAGCAACUGGCAGAAAGACUCGGCUCCAAGAUACAAGACGGAGGUGCUCCUACAAACAUCUACAUCCAGGGACUCGACUCGGUCGGUCAGCUGUCUAAUGAGGUACAAGUGCUUAAGGAGGAGAAUCAGGCUCUUCAAAGUCAGCUCCAGCAGGCCAGCAGAGAUGGCAUGAGACAGGCGGAGCAGAUGCGGGAUGCGGUUUUAUCCGAGCACACCGGGCUGAAGCAGGCGGAGAUGGAAGCGGAAAAGUGGGCGGGGCAAUUCAGGCAGGCGCAAGCUCGGCUGCGAGAGCAGGCGCAAGCAGUUCUGCAGCUGAAGCAGGACAAACAGAUGAGCCUGGAGAAUGCUAACAGGCUCCAGCAUGAAGUUACUGUUCUCCAGCAGCAGCUGAGCGAAAGCAGACGACUCGUGCAUACGCUUCAGUGUGAACUACAGAUAUACCAGAGGUUGCAUGGCACCAGCCUAAAUGACAGCGAAGAACCAGAAGUGCCGGAGCUCCUGUCUCACUUGCGCAUGCCGGUUCCGGAGGUGCUUCGCUUCUCUGCUAGAAAACGCCUUUUUCAUGGUUGUCGUGAGGGUGAAGUCUCGGCUGGCUCGUGCACCUGCAGGAUGGGGUGUUAUGUGGUGGGCCACUGGGACGACUUCAGCACCCUGCAGCAGCAGCUCAUGGAGGGUAAAGUGCUGAUCUGUAAGAUGGAGGCAGCUCUGCAGUCCAGCGUGGAGAUCAACCUGCAUGAGGGCCAUGUAAACAACAUAAUGAUCAGCACGAAGACCUUAAAGCAGAUUCUGGAGGAGAUGUGUUCUCUCCUCAGAAUGUUCUGGAGGGAUAACGCUCUCCCAAACGCUGAGACCACAUCAUCACAGCCUCAGAAGGAGCAAACUUUGAUGGAAGAAGUUGUCUCUCUGAAGCACAAGCUUGCUGAACAGGAAAAGACUCUAAGAGAUACGUUGGAGUCCCUGAGAGACACAAACCGCACCAAAGACAGCAUGGAGCAAUUCAUCUUCAGCCAACUGUCCAGGACACGAGACGUGCUGAAAAAAGCUCGCACAAACCUUGAGAAGAAUGAGCUCAGGAUCAACUCUUUAGGCUGCUCCUCCUUUUCUCCUCACUCUCCCCAGUCUUUCUCCUUCACUCCUCCCUGGGCUACCAGAGGUGAAGUCUCAGACGCAGGAUACAGCUCUUCAACCGGACCGAGGACCGUGACCGCAUCGGGUCAUCACCCACACACGCGAGUCUCAUGUGCAGCACAGCGCCCUCUACAGACGUUCUCAAGCAGUGCUCGAUCAACCCACCGCGUCCUGAGCGAACCUCUGUGUUUAAAGCUUUAAAAACAUCCCUAGUUUUUGGUGCUCGGGAAUCAUCAGCAGCAGGUUCUGUAGCUUUUGCUGUAGUUUAGAUCUCAGGGUGUUUGAUAUACUGGUGCCUUUUCUUGAAGCGGUAACUGGUAGAACUGGUCUAUGUUCUUAUAAAAUGCUGCUGCUACAGUAUGUUGGCUUUGUGACAUAGGAUAAAAAAUGGUUCAUAGCUGUAUUUGUUUACACUUUUGUUAUAUGUAAACAAAUGAUGCUAUUAAGCGUCCAAUGCCUUCAGACACAGCAGUGCUUCACGAACAGGUUUUCUUUUCUUUGUACGUGAACCAGAUCUUCUUGAUGUUUGCUGAGGAACAGUAAUUAUGCUCUGGGGCGAGGCUGAGAAAACACUGCGAUUAGAUCUGCUGUAGUCAAAGCUGCUAAAGUGUAAUAGUGUCUGCCUAGGUUAAGAUUUAGGUUUAAGACAAACAACAAUACUAUAUUUUGUGUGUGUGUGUGUGUGUGUGUGUGUUUCGAAUAACAGAAUAACUAAAGAAUAACAGUGAUAACACCGACAUGUUACAGUUUAACUAUAAAAAAGAGGGAUGAUGCAAAGCUACACUGUUUCUGCUGCUGCUCACUUUUACACACUUUCACAAACUCUAAAAAGAGGAGAAAUAAACUAAAUAAGGAACUCUGCUGUUAGGUCACAAAUUUAAAUCUGUGCCACUGAUGAGACGUGAACCUCCCGUUUAAAGGUGGGGUCCCCGAGGUUUGAGAAACGCUUCAGAAAAUUGAGUCCGGACGAC